ACCUCAACAUGGAAAGUGCCUCGACAUCGGAAACCAGCCCUCCUCUCUCCAAAGAAACACCAGGGGAGCAUUCGGACCACCAGGCUGCACACCAACCAUUCCCCAGACAGCAAUUCCAGCAAGAGGCUAGGCCCCCUUCAUUGCAAAGAGAUGGCCCCAGAUCCUUUCUCCUUGAUCUACCAAACUUUCCAGAUCUUUCCAAAGCUGAUAUCAAUGGGCAGAAUCCAAAUAUCCAGGUCACCAUAGAGGUGGUGGACGGCCCUGACUCUGAAGCAGAUAAAGAUCAGCAUCCGGAGAAUAAGCCCAGCUGGUCAGUCCCAUCCCCCGACUGGCGGGCCUGGUGGCAGAGGUCCUUGUCCUUGGCAAGGGCCAACGGCGGGGACCAGGACUACAAGUACGACAGUACCUCAGACGACAGCAACUUCCUCACCCCCCCUGGGGGGUGGGACCGUCCGGCCCCAGGCCACCGGACUUUUGAAUCCAAAGAGCAGCCAGAAUAUGAUUCCACAGACGGUGAGGGAGACUGGAGUCUCUGGUCUGUUUGCAGCGUCACCUGUGGGAACGGCAACCAGAAACGGACCAGGUCUUGUGGCUACGCGUGCACUGCAACCGAAUCUAGGACGUGUGACCGUCCAAACUGCCCAGGAAUCGAGGACACCUUCAGGACAGCUGCCACUGAAGUGAGUCUGCUUGCGGGAAGUGAAGAGUUUAAUGCCACCAAACUGUUCGAAGUUGACACUGACAGCUGUGAGCGCUGGAUGAGCUGCAAGAGCGAGUUCCUAAAGAGGUACAUGCACAAGGUGAUCAACGACCUGCCCAGCUGCCCCUGCUCCUACCCCACCGAGGUGGCCUACAGCACAGCCGACGUCUUCGACCGCAUCAAGCGCAAGGACUUCCGCUGGAAGGAUGCCAGCGGGCCCAAGGAGAAGCUGGAGAUCUACAAGCCCACGGCCCGGUACUGCAUUCGCUCCAUGCUGUCCCUGGAGAGCACCACACUGGCCGCCCAGCACUGUUGCUAUGGCGACAACAUGCAGCUCAUCACCAGGGGCAAGGGGGCGGGGACGCCCAAUCUCAUCAGCACUGAGUUCUCAGCGGAGCUCCACUACAAAGUGGACAUCCUGCCCUGGAUUAUCUGCAAGGGCGACUGGAGCAGGUAUAACGAGGCCCGACCUCCCAACAACGGACAGAAGUGCACAGAGAGCCCCUCGGACGAAGAUUAUAUCAAGCAGUUUCAAGAGGCCAGAGAGUAUUAAAGAGACACCACCUCUGUUGUUCGUGACACAAACACACUGCACUGAUCCGCCACCUGGCACAGAGUCCCUCUUACCCGCAUACAUGUAUAUGUACGUAUACCACGUGAGUAUUUGUCAUAAGUUACACUAGGGGUGUGCGCCAGGCCCUUGUGACUGCCAUCUGAAGCCACCGUUGCCUCUUCAAUGCCGACGGCUUCCUUGGAACUCUUCCUAGGGGGCAUGUCCUCAGGAGGAUGGGGAGAAAGAAGCUGGAAGAAGAACCUGCAGGUCAUAACAGGUGGGAUUCAACUCACGCCCCGGAUCCAGCGUUUCCGAGAGAAGCAAAGGGGCAAAGAGAAGGAAGUUGUAAACGUGAUAAGCAGUUUUUAUAUAUAACUUAUUUAAUACGAAUGUGACUCAUACGUCACCUUUUCUCUGGAGUUGUCAUCGUGAAACUAUUUAAUCACUUCCACGAGAGUUCAGAAAGGGGCUUAGGGAGAUGGAAGACAGAGGGAAUUUUGUAGUAAUGACUUGUUUAAAAAUAAAGAAUUCAACAGAAAGAUAUCAAAACAAGAAAACACCCACCUGAAACCAAGUGUUAGUUAGCCAGUGAGGUACCUUGAUGAAGUCUCAGCUUCCAAAUGCCCUUGCCUCAGCCUGGGCAGGGAGUGGGGUGCAAAUGGGUAUUUUAGGAGAAAAUCUGAGGCCUGGUUUUAAGUGGACUUUAAAACAAAGGCCAGUAUUCUGGCCUUUCUAAAAGACCCCAGAAUAGAAUUUCUGCUCAUGCCUUAAUAGGUUCAGAAGGCUACAGGAAGGUCAGACAUAAAAACAAGGAGUAGCACUUUUCCAAAGAAAAAAUGCAAAACAAAUGGGGGGAGAACGUGAACUUCAUUUCAUCUAUUUUAUUUUAAUACCAUCGUAACAAUUUUUUUCUCCACAAUAUAUUCUCAGUAAAUAAAUAUAAAAACAAGGAAAGGAACUCAAGUCUAGGAAACCCUAAUUUUUUAUGUUUUAAGAAAGAAAAAAAAUACAUUAUUUUUGUAAAGUAUUUAUUGAGUCACUGAGUCUUGUGCAUCAAGCAAUUGUAAUAUGGCCUGGUUCUGUAGGGUGGAACUUAGGACAAAUAAAGAGUUGGUUCUUAUGCAAUCUUUACUUGCAAAACUCCAGGGAAAGAGAUUACAUAAUAAAAUCAUAAUAAAAUGUGUUACCUACA